CCGGGCGGUGGCGGAGCCGGGGGACGGCGAGAGCGGGGCGGUAGGCCGUAGGUGGGGGCCAUGGGCAAGGAUUACUACCAGAUACUGGGCUUGGCCCGCGGCGCCUCGGACGAGGAGAUCAAGCGGGCCUACCGCCGCCAGGCGCUGCGCUACCACCCAGACAAGAACAAGGAGCCCGGCGCCGAGGAGAAGUUCAAGGAGAUCGCCGAGGCCUACGACGUGCUCAGCGACCCGCGCAAGCGCGAGAUCUUCGACCGCUACGGGGAGGAAGGCCUAAAGGGUGGCGGUCCCAGUGGCGGGAGCAGCGGUGGUGCUAACGGUACCUCUUUCAGCUACACGUUCCAUGGAGAUCCUCACGCUAUGUUUGCUGAGCUCUUCGGUGGCCGAAACCCCUUUGAUAACUUUUUUGGGCAGCGGAACGGGGAAGAAGGCAUGGACAUCGAUGACCCGUUCUCUGGCUUCCCCAUGGGCAUGGGUGGCUUCACCAACAUGAACUUUGGCCGUUCCCGCCCCACCCAGGAGCCCACCAGAAAGAAGCAAGAUCCUCCCGUCACCCACGACCUUCGGGUCUCGCUUGAAGAGAUCUACAGCGGCUGUACCAAGAAAAUGAAAAUCUCCCACAAGCGACUGAACCCCGAUGGAAAGAGCAUUCGCAAUGAAGACAAAAUCUUGACCAUUGAAGUGAAGAGGGGGUGGAAAGAAGGAACCAAAAUCACCUUCCCCAAGGAAGGAGACCAGACUUCGAACAACAUUCCAGCUGACAUCGUCUUUGUUUUAAAGGACAAGCCGCACAAUAUCUUUAAGAGAGAUGGCUCUGACGUCAUUUACCCAGCCAGGAUCAGCCUUCGGGAGGCUCUUUGUGGCUGCACGGUGAACGUCCCCACUCUGGACGGCAGGACCAUACCCGUCGUGUUCAAAGACGUCAUCAGGCCUGGCAUGCGGCGAAAAGUUCCCGGAGAAGGCCUCCCCCUUCCUAAAACACCGGAGAAACGCGGGGAUCUUAUUAUUGAGUUUGAAGUGAUCUUCCCUGAAAGGAUUCCCCAGACAUCAAGAACCGUACUUGAGCAGGUUCUUCCAAUAUAGCCACGUGCACUCCCCAAGGACUGAUUAGGGACCUUUCAGAGCUCAAGGAUUUCCAGAUUGUUCCACCAGUUGUGGUUCCGCAAGAGGGCGGGGAAGGCCUAGGGAGGGCUUUCGUACUGCUGAAUGUUUCCCAGAGAAUAUAUUACAAUCUUUCAAAGUCGUGCACUAGACUUAAGUGGUUUUUCGAGCGAUAGGGCGGCAGGUGGUGGGAACAGCAGGAACAGGUACUCCAGUUUGCCCAUCUGGGUCCUGCAGCCCUUCCCCUCCUCCUCUUCAGGCCCCGUCCAGGGGCAGAGGCCGACCCACGGCUGGACUUGAUCCGUCUAGUUCCUGUGCUUCCUUCUGGCUUUCCCACUGUCUUGUUUAUCAGACCCUGUACACUCCUCAGCAUCUGUUGUGUGCUCGGUUUGUGUUUUAUUUUGUGUUGUCUCCCAUGUCUUGCUGUCUCCCUGCAGAAUCGUGUCUUUUCCUUUGCCAUCUCAAAUUGAGAACCUAGACCAUUUCUGCAGAAUUGCCUAGCUGGCACCCACAAGCAAUACCUCUCGUUCCAGUAGGACCAAGGGAGCCGGCCUCAUGCCAGCAAGUUGCACCACAGCCUCCUACAAGAGUCUGGGGGCCCUGGAACCCUGAUGCUGGUGAGGCCAAGCGUGCUCAUUUAGGAGUCACACUCUUCCCUCUGUGUAAGGCAAUCUUUUGGCACACCUGGGCUUCAUGGGAGCCUGGGGAAUUUUUUGUUCCCUUCUGAACUAAUGGACUCUGGACUCUUUCAAAGGGAUCUGAUCCUUUUGAAUUUUGCACAGCCAGCCCUAGAUAUAAUCCCUUUUGAUAAAAGGGUCUUUGCUUCUGAUUACAGGAGCACUGUGGAACGUCUGUAAAUAUGUUUUUAUAAUUCCAUGUAAAGUUGGUGUGCACUCAUACAAAGCCAGUUCAGGACAGCUGCUGCUCUCUGUAUAGGGCCAUAUUGGAGUCUAGAAGAAACUUUGGGGGGUGGGGGGAGUUGGAACAAGUGUCUGUUCCCUGGAGGCCAGUCUGGUGCUCAGCCCUUUAGACUCAUUGUAAGUAGCCACUGCCAACCCAAGACUAAAGCCUGUGACUUGUCAUUGUACAGCGCAAAGGCAUUAAAGACUGAUGCGAAACCUCAGGGGAGCGGUCCUGCGACUCUGUUUGAGGGUACUGCUGGCUGGGGGCGGGGGGGGGGCAUGGGCUGGGCAUCUCUCCAGCCACAGCCAGGGCUGGAGGGAGUGGUCACUUAACAUUUGGGGAGGGUGAGCAGGCAGAAGGACUCAUCUGCACUGGAGGAGAAAGAAGUCUCCCUGGACCAGGUCCAGACAUCCAAAGAGGCUUGAGUGCCUUGCAUUUACAGUUGUAUUUUUAGGAAAAGUUGAGGCCAGAGUUAAGGGGAGAGGACUGGGCCCCUGGGCUUCCCGUUCCUGUCCUUUGGGGGUCCCGACUCCCUCCUACCUGGUGAUGGGACUGAGAUCAAGGGGAGGUGCUUGCGGUGUAGUUCCCAUUCCCUCCUUUCCUGCUAAAACAGACUAGGUCUCAGGCAGGCCUGGCCCAACCAGAACUGGAGCCAGCCCAGGGCCAGGCCCACCAUGGAGAAGACCCACUUCCUGCCUCCACUCUGUUUGCUGCCCUCACUUGAUUUGCAGGCCACUGACCUAGCUUUUUUCUUUGUAACUUUUUUUAAGAACCUUGGUUUUAAUUGUAAGAUAAGUAAUUUCGAAUAGACUUGAGACAAUGUAUUGUUGCUUUGCUACAAAAUGUUUUAAAGUAAAAAUUUAUACUGUCUAUUUAAGUCCAACCAGGAGGUCCUUUCUCUUCCAACUGAAACAGUCCUACCACUGAAAACCAUCUAGGGGGCAGCAUUGCUAGCCAGUAGAAGUUUCUGUGACCAUGGGAAUGUUCUAUGUCUGCUAUUUGAUUUUAAAUUCUUUAAGAUUCAAUAAAAUUAGAAAUUCCGUUCCUCAGUUGCACUAGCCAUGUUUCGAGUGCUUGGCAGCCACACAUAGCUAGUUGUGACUGGCAGCGCAGAUGUAGAGGGCUUUUUCUUACUAAAGUGGUGGUUUUUUAAACAUGGCGGGGGGGAUGGGUGAUUCAGUGGCAGGAUUUUCGCCCUCCAGGCCUGAGACCAGAUUUGAUUCCUGGCCAGUGUACUGACCCUGGAGGGUUACAUGUAGCUAUGAUGCUGAACAGGUUUCGGCAGAGCUCCCAUACUAAGAUGAACUAGGAAGAAAGCCUUGGUGAUCUGAAAACCAGCCAGUGAAAACCCUGUGGAUCACAACGGUCUGAUCCACAACUGAUCAUGGCUUGGCAGUGUUUUGUUCCCUUGUGCAUGGGGUCACCAUGAGUCAGGGACCAACUCAAAUGACAGCUAAUAACAUUAACCCAGGAGACACCUAGUCAGAGGGUGGCCCUGGACUUUGAGAGCCAAAACGGACGUACUAAAAGACGUGUUCAGGACACGUCCUUAGGCACCAGGAUCACGGACAGUUUAGAACUGGCUCUGGCCUGGCCUUGGCCAGGUCUCAGGUCCCCAGGGCUGCCAUCUCUGGUGUCCGUUAUACGGCAGGGUCCCUGUGGAUGUCAUAGCGAAGCCUCAGACACAAACAUGCAUGAAACCUGCAUGUACACACAGUUCUGGGAAAUUUCCACAAUAUGCCAAGCAAUGUGCCUGGGUUGGAGGUGGUGAUGGGGGUGGGGGAGGUGGUAACUUUGGGGAAAAGUUCAUGGUAAAACAGGACAAGGAGGGAAAGUCUUCCCUUGGACAUGUGGGGUCCUGCCCAGGGACCACCGCUGGGCCUGAUUGUGUGCUUCUAGAGGUCUCUGGUGCCUAAAUGAGCCUGGCCUUCCCACCUCCUUGGCUUCCCUGUAGUACAUUUAUUUUUGUUUUCCCACACUACUUCUAAGCACUUGGCGGAGCACUUUCCGUGUAGGUAUGUACAGAGCUGCCUCGUUCUUUGCCCACCUACAUAAUCCAUUCUGCCAUCAGUGAGUGUUUUAUUUUUUGUGUGAGUUGGACAUGGUACAAAGCUGGAAAUGUACCCUUGGCCUGUGGGGAGAAGUCAGCCCCCCCUGCCCCAGCCUGCAGUUCUCUUCCCUGCCUACAGACAAACAUUUGCAUCACAGACUUUUUUAAAACAUUUUUAAUGCAUCCUCCAAGAAAGAGUCUGCUUACGUAAGCACCAGCGUAAUUUCUAAAUUUUCAGUUUCAUAUUUCGGUCGUGUAAUCACAGUACAAAACAAAAGUGUACACAGAGUGGAAAUCCUCCCUCCCUUCCUCCCUCCCUGAUACUUGGUUCCCUAGCACUGCUGUAACACAAAUACCACGGUGGUUGGCUUUAAAGAAAUGUAUUUUCUCACGGCCUGGAGACCAAAGGUCCAUAUCAGGGUCU